GGUCCUGAUAUAGAGCCCGGCGGCGGGCUAGCAGCACAGCGCAACUGCUGGAGCCCCAGAGCCCCUCGGAUUUCAGUGUCAACCUGUCCCUGCCGUCCCGGCGCCGAGUCCCUCCUGCCGCAGCCGCCGAGUGCUGUCUAGAGCCCCAGCCUGGCCACCAUGAGAGUCCUGAUGACAUGCCUGCUCCUCUGUGUCCUGGUGGUGAGCGACUCCGAAGGCAGCCAUGAACUUCAUCCAGUGUCUGAUGCAUCAAACUGCGGCUGCCUGAAUGGAGGAACAUGUGUGUCCUACAAGUACUUCUCCAACAUUCAGCGAUGCAGCUGUCCAAAGGAAUUCCAAGGAGAACACUGUGAGAUAGAUACAUUGAAAACCUGCUAUCAGGGGAAUGGUCACUCUUACCGAGGGAAGGCCAACACCGACAUCAUGGGCCGGCCCUGCCUGGCCUGGAACUCUGCUGCCGUUCUUCUGAAACAGUACCAUGCCCUCCGAUCUGAUGCCCUUCAGCUGGGCCUGGGGAAACACAAUUAUUGCAGGAACCCGGACAACCAGAGAAAGCCGUGGUGCUAUGUGCAGGUUGGCUUAAACCAGCUUGUCCAACAGUGCAUGGUGCACGACUGCUCUUUUGGAAAACGUCCCCUGUCUCCUCCAGGAAAACGUCCCCUGUCUCCUCCAGGAAAAAGUCCCCUGUCUCCUCCAAAAACAGCAGAGUUUCAGUGUGGCCAGAAGGCUCUGAGGCCUCGCUUUAAGAUUAUUGGGGGAGAAUUCACCACCAUCGAGAACCAGCCUUGGUUUGCAGCCAUCUAUAGGAGGCACCGUGGAGGCUCUGUCACCUACUUGUGCGGAGGCAGCCUCAUCAGUCCUUGCUGGGUGGUCAGCGCCACACAUUGCUUCAUUAAUAACCCGAAGAAGGAGGACUACAUUGUCUACCUGGGUCGGUCAAAGCUUAACUCCGAUACACUUGGGCAGAUGAAGUUUGAAGUGGAAAAUCUCAUCUUGCAUGAGGACUAUAGUGCUGACACUCUUGCUCACCACAAUGAUAUCGCCUUGCUGAAGAUCAGAUCCAACACAGGCCAGUGUGCACAGCCAUCCAGGUCCAUACAAACCAUCUGUUUGCCCCCAUCGUAUGGUGAUGCUCAUUUUGGCACAAGCUGUGAGAUCACUGGCUUUGGAAAAGAGAAUACCACUGACUAUCUCUAUCCAGAGCAGCUGAAAAUGACUUCUGUGAAGCUGAUUUCCUACCAGGAGUGUCAGCAGCCCCACUACUAUGGCUCUGAAAUCACCACCAAAAUGCUGUGUGCUGCUGACCCACAAUGGGAAACAGAUUCCUGCCAGGGAGACUCUGGGGGCCCUCUGGUCUGCUCUAUCCACGGCCGCCUGACUCUGACUGGGAUUGUGAGCUGGGGCAGCGGAUGUGCCAUGAAGGACAAGCCGGGAGUCUACACAAGAGUCUCAGGCUUCCUGCCUUGGAUCCAAAGGCACACUGGGGAGCAGAAUGGCCUAGACCUCUGAGGCUCCCCAGGGAGCCAAGGGAAGAGAAGGGUACCACCCACUCCCAUGCUGUCGUUUUUGCAGUAGAACCAUCUGCAUCAGCUAUAUAUAAG